AUGUCCUUUGCCAGCGACAUUGAACUCAGGGCCCUGCCGAUCCGGCAGGCCAUUCUCGACCAUCCGUUUGUGACCGGUGUCGGCGACGGUACCCUGGAGGUGGCCAAGUUUAGGCAUUAUGUGCUGCAGGACUACGUCUAUCUUAUAGAGUACAGCCGGGUGCUGGCGAUGGCUUCGGCUCGGGCUCAGGACCUGGAUACCAUGGGCUGGUUUGCCAGGUUGCUGGAUGAAACCUUGAACGUAGAAAUGGAACUGCACCGGGGUUAUUGCGCUGAGUUUGGCAUAACCACAAUAGAGUUAGAAACCACAAUCCCGGCCCCUACCACCGUGGCCUAUACGUCGUACCUAUUGCAAGUGGCUCAUCAGGGCAGUUUCCCCGAACUGGUUGCUUCCCUGGUGCCGUGCCAGUGGGGUUAUUGGGAGAUCGGGGAGUACUUGGCUCGGCAGGGUGAGCCCAAAGAGGCGCCCCUCUAUUGCCAAUGGAUCCAAAUGUACAAGUCUCCGGAGUUUGCCCAAUUGGCGGAUGCUAUUCGUGUCCUGAUGGACCGACUGGGAGACCGGGCCGGCGCCGACGAACGGGAAGCCAUGGGACGGGCCUAUAUGACCAGUCUCCGGUUCGAGUACCUGUUCUGGGACAUGGCCUACCGUCUCGAGACCUGGCCGGUAUAG